CGUUAGUAGAACGCAAGCUCUUGAGUUGUACAGAGUAAAAAAUUUCAUAACUUAAAAACGCAAAGAAAGAAGAAAAUUUAAAAUGCACGCGAAAAUAAUCUUGUUUUUAACUUUGAUUAUUUAUAGCCUUUUUGCCUGCAGUCAAGCUGAACGACCAGCUCACUGCCUACUGGCUCAUCCGAAAGGUUACGGCCCCUGCGAUAUGCUCAUCACUGGUUUUUACUACAAUGCGGAACGAAACGUGUGCGAGCAAUGGUCCGAGGAUGGCUGCGGUGUAGGAGGCGGGCAUUCAUAUGAUUUUAAAGAGGAUUGUGAGCGAGAAUGUAUUGAGAGAAAUUAAAAUAUUUAUGUAAUUUUAAUUGAUUCAUACUCGUGUAAAGAGUACAAUCACUGAGUAAAUACUUAUUUUAAAUUGUUUGUCUUAAAGAGAACCCGUAAUACUAAACAUGAAAAAAUUCCAAUGAUUUACAUUAAAAAAAAGUCUUAAGUAAAUGAUCUUCGCAAUAAAAACCAAACAAUGUC